AUGCGUGCACUGUUGCUGUGGCUGCUGCUGGCGCAGGCAGAGCUAGGAUCGAGUGCGACCACUCCGACCACCCCGCUGUCCACCGGGUCGCCGGGUGGGGUCCGGCAACCCGAGACCACAGGUCCGGGAAAGCGGACCAUGCUCUCGACUCCCUGUGGACAUCGAGAGACCCCUGCGCGCAUAGUGGGCGGCCUGGAGGCACAGCUGGGGAGCUGGCCCUGGCAGGGCAGCCUGCGCCGUUGGGGCAGCCACGUCUGCGGGGCGAGUCUGCUCAACCACCGCUGGGCACUGACCGCUGCUCAUUGCUUUGAAGGGUCUAGCUCCACCUUCCCUUGGAGCAUCCAGUUUGGCGAGCUGUCCUCAGUGACAUACCUCUGGAACCUGCGGGCCUACAGGAACCGUUACCAAAUAGAGAAGAUCGUGCAGAACCCUAACUUUCUUGGCUCCUCACACUAUGACCUCGCCAUGCUGAAGCUGUCCUCCUCUGUCACCUACAGGAAGCACAUCCAGCCUGUCUGUGUUUUGAGCUCCUUCUUCGAGUUCCAGAACCGGACUGACUGCUGGGUGACCGGCUGGGGAAAUAUCCAGGAGAACGAGUCUCUGGUGUCUACCUACAACCUCCAAGAAGUGCAGAUCUCCAUCAUCAACACCAGUGUGUGUAACCAUAUGUUCGAACAACCCGACUUUCUCAAGACCAUCUUUGGAGACCUGCUUUGUGCUGGUGCAGUAGAAGGUGGCAGAGAUGCCUGCUUUGGUGACUCCGGUGGACCCUUGGUCUGUGAAGUGAGCAGUGUGUGGUAUCAGAUCGGAGUUGUGAGCUGGGGUAUGGGCUGUGGUCGUCCCAACCGACCUGGCAUCUACACCAACGUCAGUGACCACUUCUGGUGGAUACAGAGAGUGAUAGCUGAUGGCACACCUGGGACAGAGCUCUCUUCGCUGCUGCAACUACUGCUGCUGGCUCUGCCUUGGGGUCCGCUGUGCCUGCAACUGUCUUGA